GAUUUGUAAAUACGACCGUGAUUAAACACGCAGCCUUUAAAGGCUAAAAAAUUUACAAUUUAUGGUUACAGAUAUUUUCAAAUCGCUGUAUCACUUUCUGUGUCUUAUUUACUCAAUGAUUUUGUCGGGAUCAGCCGAUGAGCACCGAGUUUUGUCGAAUGUCGAAUAUGCUUGAAGAGUAAUGGAGUAAUAUGGCGGCUGUGGCGAAGUUUUCGCCGCCUGUAUGAGAAAUUUGCAUUCGUCGAGAUCGAAUAUUUGACGGCAAACGUUAAUUACUGUGUAACCUCGGUCGGGUCACGGUGGUCUAAAAUCGUAAGCGAUAAUUUUUGCGUGUGGUGGCACGUCGAGACAGCCCAAUGCGGGUCGCGCGAAAUCCCUGUACCGCAAAUCAUGACUUCGAUGUUGUCCAGCUUUAACCCACCUAUCGUUAAGCGAUUGUUGGGUUGGAAAAAAGCAGAAGGGGAAGAUAAAUGGAGUGAAAAAGCCGUUAAAAGCCUGGUUAAAAAGUUAAAAAAGUCCGCUGGCCUCGAGGAACUCGAGAAGGCGAUUACUACACAAAGUUGCAACACAAAGUGCAUUACUAUACCAAGGCCUAGCCCGGGUGGUGUCGGCGACAACGGUGUCCAAGGAGUACGCGGUAAAGGUUUACCGCACGUGAUCUACUGCCGACUUUGGCGCUGGCCAGAUUUGCAGUCGCACCUCGAGUUAAGAGCGAUUGAGCAUUGCGAGUACGCUUUUACGCAGAAACGGGACGAAGUCUGCGUCAAUCCGUACCACUAUCAACGAAUACAAACGCCAGUUUUACCACCAAUACUCGUGCCGCGGCAUAACUUAGCUGGGGACGAGUCCGUCCUGUAUAAUACUUCCCUUGAGGAGCGAAGCGUCAGCGUGCCAGAGAAUACGAAUUUCCACGCGACGUUGAAUCACCAACAUCAUAAUCAACAGAAUAUACCGCAAUCUCCGCAACAGCAACAGCAACAGCAGCAGCAGCAGCAGCAACAGCAACAACAGCCGAACAAUCCCUAUCAAGGAAUGCAAAAUAUGCAGGCGACGAGUCCAGCUAGCGUCGGGAGUCUAGGAAGCGUUCAGGGUUCACCGCAUCCGACGCCUGGAUCCAUGGAUCCUCCUGCCGACACUCCGCCGCCAGGAUAUAUAAGUGAAGAUGGUGAUAACAUGGAUCACAACGACAAUAUGUCUUUGUCGCGUUUGUCACCUAGCCCCGUCGAUGCACAGCCGGUCAUGUAUUGCGAGCCAGCGUUUUGGUGUUCGAUAAGUUACUACGAAUUGAAUACGAGAGUGGGUGAAACCUUUCACGCGUCAGUACCGAGUAUGACGGUAGACGGAUUCACAGAUCCCAGCAGCUCUGAACGUUUUUGUUUGGGUUUAUUAUCGAACGUUAAUCGUAAUUCCGUGGUCGAGCAGACGAGACGACAUAUCGGGAAAGGAGCUAGAUUAUACUAUCUUGGUGGCGAGGUAUUCGCUGAGUGUUUAUCCGACUCGAGUAUCUUCGUGCAGAGUCCCAAUUGUAAUCAACGUUACGGUUGGCAUCCAGCUACUGUUUGUAAAAUACCACCCGGCUGUAAUUUGAAGAUCUUCAAUAAUCAAGAAUUUGCUGCGCUGUUAUCGCAGUCAGUUUCCCAAGGAUUCGAGGCAGUAUAUCAGUUAACGCGAAUGUGUACAAUUAGGAUGAGCUUCGUAAAGGGCUGGGGAGAGGCGUAUCGUCGACAAACCGUGACAUCGACUCCCUGUUGGAUCGAGUUGCAUUUAAACGGGCCGUUACAGUGGCUCGAUCGUGUACUCACGCAAAUGGGAUCGCCGCGUUUACCUUGUUCCUCGAUGUCAUAAGGUUGUAUACAUUUUUCCUUCAUGGAUGCAGGAAAAUGUAGGGACGAUUAGCUAUCCUUGUCGUUGUUGUCAUCGUGUAGAUCGGUUUUUUCUGUACUAUGAAUUCAUCAUUUUAUCCGAAUUCUUUACAACCGGCAUCGGCUACAGUGACAAAAUAGUGCAAGAAGGAGGAUACGCAUGCUGGCGUCGAAAAGUACAUGGCUGAACAGGACCGAUUUCGAAGUCUCGGAGGCGGCAUUCGAUCGAAUGAACGAGAAAAAAACUGGCUUUAGGAAAGUUUAAGUGCUCAAAUUGUGCGAUGUUACGUAAGAAGGAAAGACGAUGUUCGAGCAAAGAAAUGUCAGCGAAAGAUUAAUUUAUCGCGGAUACAAAAAAAUUUCUUCUUGGGUUCGAAACGUCAUAAUUCGUAGAUAUUGUUGGCACAGUUAUCACACUACCACGUGAAUGUAUCGCUUUACAACCUGAUCAGAUUUAUGAAAUCUGAUUUUAAAUUGAAUAACAAACAGUGGAAAAGAGAGCGUACAUGUACAUAUGUACACACCGGAUUUUUUCCUUUACUCUUUAUAGGUGUAUUCUGAAUGAACGGGAACGUGGGAGAAAAGAACAUAAUUCUAAAUCUUAAAGUUGCUUGUCGAGAAAUUCUAGUUCAGAAAUUCGUUAAAUACUUGGAAAUUUAGCUAACUUUUUCAGCAAUUAAUUUCACGUGUACUCGUCAGAUUUUCACAGUCGUGAAACUGCGUCUCACAUGAAAAACUUUUAUUGUACAUGUCCGAUCUAUUUUUGCAUCUAAAAUAAUCUCUUAGAAGAUAGAAUGCUGUAAUCGAUUAAAAGUGGCUAAAUUUUGAAGGAAUUAACAAAAUCAUUAAGUUCGAUUUUUUUUACAACCGUCUUACAAUUAAACGAAAAAAUGUGUUUUUCUCGACAUACUUUUACUACUUCUAGAACUCUGUAGCAAAAUGUGAGGAAAACAGACAUUCUGUGUAUACAUACUGACUUCAAUCGUACAUGCGUUCCUAUCCAAUCAUACGUAAAUGAUAUAUGUAUAUGUACCGGGGGCUCAGCCGCUGCAUAUUUUUAUCGCUUGUUAUAUCAUUCACUUCAGUGGUACGGUAUACGUCAGUUCUUGCAAUACAGUAAUAUUGUACAUUCAUACACGGUUUGUAAUAUGCUGAAAAGAGUUUCUCUUAAGAACAGAUUGACAAGCCGAUUACAAUGUUUCUAACAUCUACUGGUCUAUUCGGAACCUUUGUCUGUACUUCUCUUUAGCUUGAGAGUAGAAAAAAUGUGAAAUGUACACAUCAAUUUUUGUUAAGUGGUCAUAAGGGAAAUGAAGACUCACAGUGUUCAAUAUGUGCUAUUUAUACAUUCUCUCGAAUGGACCAGAACGUUCAAGUAUUUUCUCGAUGGACCGCAUUAGGUGUCGGAUAGACAUGUUUUAACAUGUUUGGAAGUUUUAUGAAUGAUGAAUAAACAUGUAGAAUGGGCAGAGUUCGAACAGCAUUUCUUUUUCGGGAACGGUAAACUGGAAAAAUAUUACGUAUAUAAGGUGUCUUAUCUCGGAUAAUUGAUAUUCUUAUUAAGAAUAAGCGCUAUAUUUCUUAACAUUGAUAGGAGUACUAAGCGCACGAAGUCUAUAGUAAACAGAAAUGUCUAUUUAUUUGAUAUCGUACCGGGAAGAUACCGGGUUCAGAAAAUUAUAUACGUACGUUCACAUAUGUAUAUUUGCUAUCGAGCGUCGGGAAACUUAUGCGAAGCAAACGUUAAAAUGCACAUUUCGGUGUUGAUGUUCAAUGUAGCGAACCACUCGUUAGCUAUGAAUCGUUGCAAAGGUGUUCGGCUCGUCGUGUAAGGGUCAUGAACCAACCGUUUCGUACAAGAGAGGUAUACACGAGUUUGUAUGCGAAGAAUGAUGGAUUCGAUUGCUGUAAGCUUUGAUAAAGAAUUAUAUAGUUGAAAUUGUCUUAUGAGAUUUUAUACUGAGAUGUACGAGAAACGCAUUCAACUUUCGAGAAGAAUAUGUAAGCAUAUGAAAAUUUUAUCACGAACGGAAUGUAACAAGAGAAAAUGAUAGUCUGGCCUUGAAUGUGGGAUGCUUUAAGAUAUAUCAGGUAUACAUAUAUUGUUUCUAUACUAUUCUAAAUUUAUUUAUGAAUUGUUUCGUGAUUGAAUGUAUUAAAAGAAGUUUCUAUUUUAUUGCAGAUUUUAUAUAAGAUAUUUCAUAUUCGAGAAUAACUAAAAGAAAAAGGAAUACGAUUAAAAAAAAGAAAAAGUCGGACGUCUUUCACGUAGAACGUACGAAAAAGGAAUGAGAUAAAAAAGUUAUGUAUUUUAUUAUAUUACGAGAUAUAUACACAUUAGUGUCGAUCGAUACGCGAACAGUCUUUGCACCAAGUGCAUGGAUUCAGUUUUUUUUUUAACGAAUAAAUUUUUAAAUAUAAAUUUUAUACACGAUUGCUAUGGAAUCUUUAAGUAUGUAUAGGGGCCAAUUACACGCACAGGAUGUGAAAUUCGAUCUCUCUAAAAAAACGUCAAACAUUUUGGAAAAUCGGUUUCAUCUUAUAUAUUUUUUUGCCAGUGUCGCUCAUUUCAUAAUACAUAUUUACGAUUAACUCUCAGAAAGAAAGUGACGAACAAAUUAUUUAAUUUAAUUAUCAUGUGCAUGAAACGCCAAGAAGAAAGAAAUAAGAGAAAUUUCUUUUGUUAAUAAGUAAAGGAAUGCCGUAAACGUAA